AUGCCCACCGAUCGAGACCCCGAAGACCAAGAUCGCAAUAAGAAGCCUUCCAAUACACCCCAGGAUCGCGACACGGAGAGCGAGAGUAACCCGUUCGUCGCCUUCCGCCGGUUUGCGGAUGAGCAAGUCUCCUCCGUCUUGCAGUCCAUCACUGGCCUCCCUUCUGCCGUGUCGCCUCCCCAGCCGGAUCACUGGGCAAUCUUUACGGACGAUAAAGACUACAACAGCAUGAAAUACCGCCACCGAGACGACGCCAGCGCAAACAAUGCGGGGGAUCAGAACUAUACGUCAGGUGGAGGCGCCGAAAGCAGCUCGUCCGGAAAUCGGGACGACAAUGGCAAGCCUUCAGACAAUAAUGGUGGCACACCUAUCUCGAACUCGUCACAAUCUCGACCGCCCGCAGAAUCAGACCUAAAGACCUCGCAGUCACGUCAGCGCUUGUCCAACGAGCCGUCUGAUCCGCUCAGCCUCGACGCGCUCUCCUUCCCCCUCUUCUCACAGCCCUUUCGUACAAACUUCACCUUCUCCAUGCCAUCAUUAUUCCAGCACUUCGACGACCAAUGGCCCUUGAACUACAUCACAUUCAGCCCCUACUCUCCCCUGCACUUAGAGCGCCAAGCGCGCGACCGCCCACGCCAGGAAAAGGGAGUGUUCACCUCCCUUGUGUCCUCAUUUCGGGAAGAGUCGGAUCGCGAUCCUAAUGAGCCGCAGUGGCGCGAGGCUUUUGAAGAUCUCCUCCGAGUAGAGAAUGGGAUGUCGCUAUUGGAUAGCGACAGGUUGAUUGCUGGCAGGACCGAGAGCGAGUGGGACUGGCUGAAAGGGUUGGUCAAGCGUGGAAGCAUGGGCAGCGGGUUCCAAUUUGUGACGGGCUUGGAUCGAGAUGGAGUUUUUGGCAUUCGAGAUACUGAAACCUAUCGAGACAAAUUUUCGGAAGCUGCCGAAGCCGAAGCGGACGACGAGCUGGCCUUGUACGAGCGCUUUAUGCAGGAUGUGGAGGCCUGGGAGCGAGAUUUUUCUCAGGCAUUUAACAGAAGCCCCAUUCUCUGCUCCCUCGUCGAGAAUCGCCAGAACCGAGAUCAGCUAGAGGAUCUAGGCCAGUCCGACUUCCGUCGUGGCUUCCCACCCCUCGAGGACAAACAAGGCGACGACGAUAACGAGAGCUGGCUCGAUCUUGUCUCGGGUGGAAACCGCAAGUCCGUCCCCGAGACACCGGUUGAGUCUGUCCCCUCCGAUGAAUCCUUAUCGUCCCACAUCAUUUCUACCAUGUCUCGGACAGAACGAACACGUCUUGCCGAUGGCUCAGUCCAAACGAAGAAAGUUGUGACCAAACGCUAUGCCGAUGGCCGCGAGGAGACAGACUCAUCGGUUGAGACGACUCAUCCUCGUUCUGGAAAUGCGGAUUCUUCAUCGAGCUCAGGAGAUGGCGAAUCCAAGCGAAAACAUGGUUGGUUCUGGAAGGAGUGA